UAGGUCAGGUCAGAUUAGGUUAGAUUAAUUUGUGGCGCAUAGAACAGAAUUGAUGAUUAUUCUUAUAAAAUUAUAUAAAAUUAUUGAAUUGUUUCAAGUGUAAUAUAGAAGAAUGUUGUUAUUCAGGCAUAAAUUUAAGACAAAUCUUGCUCAAGAUUUAUCAAAAACGUUAAAACUUUUCGCUACGUAUUCUCAGAAUACAAAUGUUUCGGAAACGAAUAGUGAUGAACAGGAAUUUCGAGUACUGGAACUUUACCCGCAGAAGAAGGUGAAGCAGGUAAAGCGACAGGCGCGAAAGAUCAACGUCCCACCACCCAGAACCACGGAGAUGCCUAUCGAUCAGGACUGGCCGUCGGUCUGGCCAGGUGCCCGGACCUUCCAUCCCGCCUCGGUGCCGCUUCCUCUGCGUCAGGGUUACGUAGAGAAAGGCGCGCCACCCAGCAAACACGCCAACGCUGAACUCAUGAAGAUACCAAACUUCUUGCAUCUGACGCCGCCGGCGAUCCGGAGGCAUUGCGAGGCGUUGAAGCAAUUUUGCACGGAAUGGCCCGCGGCUCUGGAAACCGAUGCCGAGUGCGAGAAACAUUUUCCCAUCGAGAUCAUCACGUCCGAUUAUUGUUACUCCUCGCCGAUUAUUAGGGACCCGCUCGCCAGGAUUGUGAGUCUGCAACUCAAGCUGUCCUCGCUUACUUUAGACAUUCAUGCUAAAGAUAAGUUAUUGAGAUUACUGGGAAACAAGUACAAUCCAGAAACGGAUGUAAUAACAAUUACGGCUGAUAGGUGUCCAACUAAAAAACAGAAUUUGGAAUAUGCCUGGUAUCUUCUCACUGCAGUGUAUCACGAGUCUUGGAGAGUGGAACCCUGGGAAGCUGAGAAAUCCAUAGCGGACAUGGAAUACUUCGAUUGGGAUAUCAGCCAGAGUCGUACAAGUCUAGUGACUUUAUACAGAUGGCCGAUUUCACCAGCCGAUUACGAUUACAAGAGUAUCCCACACGCGACAGAAUAUAAAAUAGCCGUUUUAGAGCUCAUAAACAACGGUGAAGAUCAGAAUUCGAUCGAUAAAUAUAAAGAAGCGGUUAAAAAUUUGUUAAAUCUUAAAAGCGACAAUAAAAGUUGAAAUUUGAAAUGUGAAAAAAUGAAUUUUAAAUUAAUCGGGGGUCAUCAAGGUCAUUCAAUGACUUAUAUCUUCAUAUAAUCAUAUUAUAUUAUACUAAAGUAUAUUUUAAAUUUAAAAAUUUUUUUAAAACUAAUCUUAAUCUGUUAAUGUGAUUUUCUCAGAAAGUAUUGAACCGAUCGAUUUUAAUUUUAAGAUUCCUGGAUCCUCGCGGCCAUGUUAGAUUGUAACGUCAGAGGCGAGAAAGCGCGCGCUGAAAAUUUCUAAUAAUUUUUAACAAAAGAAUUUUUAGUGUCCCAAGUCCGUAGGAUGAAUAAGAUUUUGUAUAAAAAUAGCAAAAAUUUAAAUUGCAACUUUUAAAUGCGUGAAUCAAAUUUCGACUGUAAUUUUGGUAUAAAAAGUAGAAACAAAAUCUAUAUAA